AUGUCUGCAAAAAAAAUAAAGUCACUUAAUCACAAAUGUUUGUUAUCUGCAAGAGGGAAUGAAAUAAAAAUUAUCUCUAAAAUUGAUUGCUUUAUUAAUUCAAAUGCAAAAAUUACUAAGGUAUUUAAAUAUAAAGGUUAUUAGUUUUAAGAGUUGUAAAAAAUAAGUUGAACAAUAAACAGAUUUAAAUUAAAACAAAACUGCUUCAAUAAAUGAUUUUUAAUAAAAUUCUUAAAAUGCAGAUAAAUAGGCACUAAUUAAUUAGCUGUUAUUAAAAAACUUAAAAUUAAAAGAAGAAAGUGAUAAAAAAAAUAAACUCAUAGAAAUGUUAAGCGAAGAUGGAACAGAAAUCAAAAGAGUUACAAGUUUACAUUUUCCAUUAAAUAAUGAUUAAUAUAAAUUAAAAUCCAAUUUUAGAUUAGCAAGUCCCAAUUAGAUGGAAUUCACAUUUUAUAAAAGUCCACCUAAAGGCUUACCAAAAGAAUUUUAAAUUACUCCUUCUAAGAAAAUGUUCUUCUGA